CACCGAUCCUUUUCAGAAGUGAUGGGUUCCGUUUUUCUUUGUGUUUAAAUCAAGUCUAGCAAUCUACGGGGUAGAUUCACAAUUACUCCUUCUAGUACACUGGAUAUACGACCUAACUCACAGCCCUGCUAAGGAAGCGAAGAAAGCCAUACUGGUCUUUGCCGCUUCGACUUAUUUUCCCAAUUCCAUCGCAAAUACACAAACACAUCAAACACAAUGAGAUCGACUGUAUCUGAAAAUGUUCUUCGCCUCCUGUGUUUGACGGCAUCUUUGGGUCACACAUUUGCGUUCAGCGCAACGCCGUCUGCUUCCACCAACAGAGCUUCAUCGAUUACAUCAUCAUCAUCACUCGGCGUCAGUAUCGGUAUGGGACCAGAACAGUCUGUUGAGGAAGAAGAAGGAGAAGGCAAGAAAAAAGAACUAGUCGCCGGUGUUGACUAUGAAGUUCCGGAUCACGAGGCCUUCCGCACCUCGCGUCGUUCGAAACUUGACGAGCAAUGCGAUCAGUGGUUCGGUGCUCUCUUGGGAGAUGAAACAAAAAGCGGAGUUUUGGGCCCGCUUGCAGAUGACGCGAGAGAAACUUUGUUGAAGCCUGUACCUCUGAUCAACGAGGUGUGUUAUUGUUACAUUAAACUAUUAAUGUUUUGCCUUCUUCACAAUUUAUCAUGUCCAACCAAUUGAUCCUGCAUUCUCACUCAAUUGACUUUCUUGCUUUAUCGUGCAUCGUGUUUUAUUUUUAACCACGCUUGAUUUUUCGCUCACAGGAAGAACUCCCUACCGAUCACGAGGAAUGGACACCGUACGUGGCGACGAAACUUCCAUGGACUCCGCUCACACCCGCAUUUGGCCUGGAGCAAUACGGUCUCCCAAUACCGAGGAGAAACGCAGAGACAUGGCGACACUUUGAUGUAUCUGGUAUGAUCAACCAAGAUUAUUCUGGAAGUUGUGAAGACGACGGCGAACCUUUGAAGCUCUCUGAGGAGGAGGUCGCAACGUACAGAGAAAAAUUGGAAAAAGGCGGUAGUUGGAUCGCAGAUGAUGCUUGUCAGGCUAGAUUGGUAUACAUCAAUGGACGUUUUGCUCCUCAACUAUCAAUGGAGAACGAUUUAGCCGGAAAUCUCGGGAAAAUUGAUGAUUCCGUAUCCGACGAAGUGAAAUCCUAUUUGUCACGAUUGACGGAUGGUUUUACGGAUGAACUCGCAACACCCGUACCAAUCGGAGAGGAUAUGUAUUGUUCAUCUUACAAAAAACUUGGGGGAGCUGAUCAUUGUCUUGGCGAACCUUUCUCCCAAUUUGCCAUUAAUACACAACAAGGAACGGCGUGUUUUGCAGCACUAAACACCAGACUGACGUGUGGCGUGGCGUAUGUCCGAGUCCCAGACGGUCACGAUGCAGAGAAUGAAGAACGUAAACCAGUAAUGAUCCUCAACGCUGUGACAAAUAACGGAGGAUCAGCUUCAGGGUGUGAAGGCAUGUCAUUUCAUCCAAGAUCUCUCGUUGUCGCAGGUGAAAACAGCCGACUGUCUGUUGUGCAGGCGUGUGUUGACUUGGAUGACGGUAGUGAUCAUAUUCCGAAACUCUACAAUGGCUUCACUCAAAUGUUUGUCAAGGAAGGCGCAAAUGUCACCCAUUCUUUCCUGGAGGAAUCUGGUGGUAUGGUGACUCCAGGCGUCGAGAAGAAUGACGAUUCUUUCGAGGAUGACGAACCAACCGCGCGAUCUGUAGAAGCCGAACGACCCGCAAUGAAAGACACCCAUAUGGAAUGUGUCGAUGUGCAAUGUAUAGGUGAUGACUCCAGUUAUGAGGGAACUGUUAUGAGUGUCGGUGGAAGUGGUAGAAUUAGAAUAUCUCAUUCCGUCUCUUUGCUGAAGCCACGCGCGCAUGCCAAAGUCUACGGCUUCUUCUUAUCUGGAGGAGCUCAAAGAACAGACUGCAAGACCAACAUCCACCAUGCUGGGCAAGGAACUACUAGUGAGCAGAUCCAAAAGAACAUGAUUGGAGGAAGGGCAACAGGGGCUUUCCGCGGCCGCAUUCGAGUUGAACAGAGUGCACAGCAGACAGACAGUCAACAACUCACCAGAAGCAUCCUUCUGAGUGAUAAAUCACGCGCUUGGUCAGUGCCUUCUCUGGAAAUUAUCGCGGAUGAUGUGCAAUGUACUCACGGAGCCACGGUUUCAGAUUUGUCCGAAGAGGAACUGUUCUAUCUUCGAUCUAGAGGGCUUGACACGAGCUUGGCACGGAAUCUCCUCAUGUAUGCAUUCGCAGCUGAUGUAUGCAAUUGCGUUGACAACGCGAUGCUUACUUCUGUAGACAGUGACAAAGGACUUCAAAAACGCUUGAUUGAACGUUUGAACAAUGUUGUGCCUCAGGGAGAUAGAGCUAUUCAGGGUGAAUUUCAGAGCGUCUAAGGUCAUAAAUGAUAGCAUUGACAGCUUGUGACAACACUAAGUGUACUAAAGUCACCCCCGUUUUCAAUCAUUCGUUCACAUUUUGAGCAUUUCUUGAUGAUGGUACACAUACUGUUUCCAUAUACGUGUAUGUGCACCUUACAAACAGUGUAAUAGAACACACAUAUACGG